UCUCACGUUUGUGGAAGGAUUACUAUUUGAGGACUAAUUUCCCACGCAUUCAACGGCAUGUGCUUGUGCCUCACAUUGAGCUCUAUAAAUCCCUUCCCCACUGCACUCCAUGCCUUUACCUUACUAGCUUAUUUCUGAUGGCUUUCAACGACACUUUCUAUGUAUCCCAUGGAUCCCCAACGCUAACCAUCGACGAUGGCAUCAAGGCAAGGCACUUCUUCAAAUCAUGGAAGGACAAGGUUUUUUCCCAAACACCCAAAGCCAUUCUUUGUGUCUCUGCCCAUUUCGACACCGCCUAUCCCACCGUCAACGUCGUUUCUGGUCCCAAUGAUACCAUCUAUGACUUCUAUGGUUUCCCCUCCUCCAUGUACGAGUUAAAAUAUCCAGCACCAGGAGCUCCGGCGUUGGCGAAGAGGGUGAAGGAAGCUCUGAUGGGGGCCGGGUUCGAGCGGGUGGACGAGGAGAAAGGGCGAGGGCUGGAUCAUGGAGCAUGGGUUCCUCUGAUGUUCAUGUAUCCAGAGGCAGACAUCCCAGUUUGCCAACUUUCAGUACAAUCACGCCUAAAUGGGACACACCAUUACAACGUGGGCAAGGCAUUGGCCCCUCUUAAGGAUGAAGGGGUUCUCAUUGUUGGGUCAGGAAGUGCUACGCACAACCUUAGGACACUCGACCGCCACGCCAGGUCUUCUGUCAACGCCUCAUGGGCCAUUGAAUUUGACGAUUGGCUUAAACAUGCUCUCCUUCAAGGAAGAUACGAAGAUGUGAACGAGUACAAAAAGAAGGCUCCAAAUGCAGAAAAGGCACAUCCAAGUCCUGACCACCUAUUUCCGCUCCAUGUCGCGAUCGGGGCAGCCGGAGGCCACCCCAAAGCGAAGCUAGUCCACCAUAGCUGGGACCUUGGCACCAUGUCCUACGCCUCCUACCAGUUCACAGCCUCUUAAACCCUAAACCCACUAAUCGCAUCAACAUUACAAACCUCCAACCCUUCUAGUUGCCUUGUAUCUUUCUUAAUAUAAUGGAGUAUGUUUGUAAAAUGAUCCUAUUUAUUUCUGUGACAAACCAUAUAAUUUGGUUUUGGUUUAUUACAACGUUGUAUGAA